AGCAGCAUCUAACAACAGAUAAAUAUGUCAGAAUAAUCCAUGCACAUAUAAGGAUUUUCAAAAGCAUGUUUACAAUGUUUUAAGAGCUCUGAAUGAUUAAACUCUUAUGUGAUAAUGUGUUUUAUCUAUCAAAAAGUGAAGCCGUUUGUUACUUUAGAAAUUAUUAAAGUUCCACUGAACAAAAUAACAUCCAUAUACAGUAUAUAAUCCAUAACUAUUUCAACCCGUCUUGGUGUUUUCAAGGCCACCAGAUGUCUUACCCUUUGGCACGUUGUUUAAAUAAAUGUGUCCUUUGCCCGUAUGGUUAGAAGUCCUGAAAAAUGUUGUGUGUGUUAUAUGUCAGCCAAUCAUAUUAUUAAUACUAUACCGGGAUUGCUUUUUUAAAAUUCUAUGGAUUCAAUUACAAAUUACAUUACAGCUUCCUUCUAUGGAGAUGGGUUUGUGCAUCUGAAGACAGUUGAGUUGUCCCAUCAAACAUCUUUCCAUGUGCGGUUUCGAACCUCUGGUUCCAAUGGCCUGCUGUUUCUGGCAGCUGGGAAGACAGACUUCCUCUGGGUGGGGCUUCAUUCUGGCCGAAUACAGGUGCGGAUUGAUCUUGGAUCUGGGGAACGCACUCUUCGUUCAGAGAAGGGCAUUAAUUUGAGUGACCUGACCUGGCAUAAAUUAGAACUUCAACAUGAUCAUGGCAACAUCACACUGACUGUGGACAAAAACUCCCUUACCACCAUUAAGAUGCCAGUGCCUGACUUUGAACUGAGUGUCCAGGAUGGGCUUUUUGUUGGUGGUGUUGGGGAUCUGGAAAAAUCAUACCUCUCGUCAGAUGAAACCAUGUUUGGCUUUCGGGGUUGUUUAGAUGAGGUUCUAUUCAAUGAACAUAACCUCCUUUCCUCUCUAAGGCCUUAUUCUGGAUACAAAACAAUUCAUGAAGUGUCAUUUGGUUGCAGCCCAGAGUUUUCAGCCACUGUUAAUGAUUCAGUUAGUUUUUUCAGUUCUAAAGCAUACAUGUCUCUGCCUAAAUGGGAAGUACCACAAGAGGGUGUAUUUGAGUGUGAACUGCAUACAUUAAAUCCAGAGGGCAUCCUUUUAUACAGCUCUGCAGGCCAAAGUGACUACAUUGCACUGGAAAUUCAAAAGGGGCACCUUGUUGCUGCCAUUAAAAUAAGUGGAAGCAAGACAGUAUUACGAUCCUUGAUGGUCAUCAAUGAUGGGGGGUGGCACAUCUUGCGGCUUUACUUGUCUCCUUUGAAUCUUCAGUUUACUGUUGGUUUGGAGAUGCACAACUCUAGCUUUGUGGUAAAUGCCAGUGCCUUACAACUUACUGGGCCUCUGUACCUAGGUGGGGUGGAUGUCAAUACUUACAAAGACGUCCGUAAGAAUGGACUGCUCUCUAUGGUUGGGAAGCGUAUACGAGGAGGUUCAUUUAAAGGCUGUCUAAGAAACAUCAGAGUCAACUACCAAAAGAUGGGCCUUCCACAAGCAUUGGUCACUAAGGAUAUUUCUGUUGGUUGUGAACCAGAAAAGCAGCUUGGACCUAGUACCACAAGUCCAUCAAUUAUUACUGUGGAUUCUGAAAAUUUCGCAGAGGCCCUACCUGAGAUGGACAAGAGGAAUUUCCUGUUGCUUAAGGAUUUGGAGGUUCUUGAAGGUGGUCGAGCACCACUUGAGUCUAAACACAUUAAGGUGAACCUAGAGUUCCAUAAAUUUGGGAUUCGUCAGUCCCAGAUUAUGUUCCGCAUUGAAGAGCAACCGGUGCAUGGGCAACUCAGGCUGGACGUUGACCCUAAUCUUGGGGAGAACACCUUCAGUAUGCUGGACCUCUGGCAUGGUAGGGUCAUGUAUGUCCAUGGAGGAUCGGAGGAUCUACUCGACUUCUUCAUGUUUUCCAUCUUCACCAGCAGCAAAAAGGAAGUACCUGGUUAUCUCAAAGGGAACCGUCUGCACAGAUUCAACAUCAGUAUUACACCUGUCAAUGAUGCUCCUGAACUAAGCCUCCCAGAGGGCAGUCUCUUCAUUUUGCCAGAGCACUCAAAACGUCGGUUGACCACAGACAUCCUCAGGACCAUUGAUGGUGACAGUAACUCCACAGACCUGAUGUUCUCAGUGCUUGGUAAUAUGAACGCUAACUCAGGCUUUCUAGAGAUUGACGAACACCCAGACCGAGCAGUGACCUCUUUCUCCCUGUUGGAUCUUGAGCAGGGUAAAGUGAGCUAUGUCCACAAAGGUGUCAAGAAAUCCAGAAUGGCUAUCAGAGUGAGUGAUGGGGACAAGGUAAGCAACACCGUAGUAUUUAGGAUCAUGGCUGUUCCCCUGGAACACAAGGUUGCCAACAACACCGGAGUGGAGGUAACCCAAGGUGAAGCAACUUUUAUUAGUAACAAACAUCUCUCUGUGCAAGUGAAUGUCGCUAAACAAGUAGUGGACAUUCGCUAUGAUGUCACAGUGCCACCCAUUUAUGGCGAACUGCAGCGGCUGCAUUCAAGUGGGCAGUGGAAGCAAACCAGCACGUUCACACAGAAGCUUCUGGAAAAGGAGCGCCUUAGAUAUCUCAGCACCUUCCACGGGACCCAGCAAAGUAACGUCACUGAUAGUUUCAAAUGCAAAGUCACUGUCGGCUCAGUCAUUACCAAUGAGCUGCUGUUUUUGAUUAGAGUAAACUGGAUUCGUUACAAAAUCACCAGAAAUAAGAUAGAGAUAGACGGUGAUCACAAAGUCACAUUGACGCCUCAAGAAUUCCAUAUUGUCACCAAGGGUGCAAGACUUUUGGAAAGCGAUCUUUACAUUCGUUUAUUGACAUUACCAAGGAGAGGAAAUCUUCUUCUCGACAAUAAGAUUUUAAAAAAGAACUCGACCUUUAGCCAGAAGGAGAUUACAAAUCACAAAUUGCAGUUUGAGCUCAAAGAACUGCCACAUCAUGAUACAAGGGACAUGUUUCACUUUCAAGUGUUUUCUAAAUUUGCCAUGUCAGGAAUUCACGAGUUCAGAAUCAGCAUCAAAGCAGAUAUUCAUAACAUAGUUUUAAGAAAUCAGGGACUUUCUGUCUUGGAAGGGGAGAGCAAGGUCAUUACAAAGGCAAUGCUUUUUUCAGAGACUCCAAUCUCCAGAGCAGUACACUACACAGUCAUCAGCAGCCCUAAACAUGGGAAAUUAAAGAAAACAAACCUCUCAAAUUCCUCCACUAGCAGUGAUAUUAUAUUGGAGUUUACCAAUAAGGACAUUUCUGAUGAACGCAUCUUGUAUGUCCAUGAUGAUAGUGAGACCACACAUGAUGCCUUUACAUUCCUGGCCUCUGUGAAUGCUCUGAAAAAUAAGACCAGAAGCACGGAAGGCAUCUUUAAUAUUUCCAUCCAGUUGGUUAAUGAUGAGAAACCUGUCCGUGUUGUAGAUAAAGUUUUCCACGUAGUGCGUGACACUCAGAGAUUACUUACACUGGAAGACCUGUGCUACCAUGAUGCUGAUACAGACUUUGAUGAUAAAGACCUGCUUUAUACCAGACGAAAGAUCCCCAAUGGUGAGCUAGUACUGGUCAAUGACACUACACACAAGCUUUAUCAAUUCCACCAGAAAGACUUGGAAGCAAGGAGAGUACUGUUUAUCCACAAAGGGUUGAGUUAUGGCCGCUUUGUCCUCUUCGUGUCAGAUGGCAAGCAUUAUACUUCAACAUUGUUUGAGGUCUCUGCUCAGGACCCAUAUGUAAAGGUGGGCAACAACACAGGUUUAUUGGUCCAGAAAGGCCAGGUGGCCAUUUUAACAUCUGCUAAUUUCAGUUUCAUUACUAACAUGGAUGUCAGACAUGAGGAGGAAGUUGUCUUUGAGGUAUUUCUACCACCAAGCCAUGGGGCUCUUUAUUGCAGUGGAAUCAAAGCAAAUACCUUCACACAACAUGACUUGAAGAUGGGUCAUGUAAUAUACCGUCAUGAUGACAGUGAAAUACUGGCAGAUUCUUUUAACUUCACUAUUAAGGUGAAAGGUCUACACCUGGAUGCCAGUGUGGCAAUUAAGGUUUACCUUGAGAGUCAUCAGCAGCCCCCAGAAGUCAUUCACAAUAACCCAAUCCUGAUGGAGGAGGGAAAGCCCGUCAGAAUCAACGAGAAAGACCUCAAGGUCAUUCAUGAGGAUAACAAACCUAAUGAGAUUGUAUAUACUGUGAAGGUGGCACCCACUCAUGGUUUUCUGCGGUUAUCUAAGAUAGACGAAGAUCCCUACCAUGGUAUUAAGGAGAAACCCAUCCAAAGCUUUUCACAGGCUGAUAUCAAUGCAGGUCAUAUUCAGUAUGUCCAAACAGAACAUGGAUGCGUUAACGACUCAUUCUCACUUAACGUAACUAACGGCAUUCUAACAAGCUAUGAUCUCCUAGUCGUAGUGGAUAUAAUCCCCUGGCACAUCCCACUAGAGGUCUCCAAUAUGACCCUUAAAGAGGGCUCCUCUAAAGCCCUCACACAGGAUGUCAUUAAAGUCAACAACCAACACUUUCACGGACUCCACCUCCUCUAUGUUGUAACUGAUGGGCCUCAUCAUGGCCGGAUUGAACACUCAAGGAUUCCUGGUGUUCCCAUUCCAUCUUUCACCAGGGUUCAAGUGAGUUCACUCUCCACUUUACUCUUUUCUCUUCACUGCAUCAUAAUGAAAGGACUAUAUAAUAGAAACACAUGUUUAAUAAUGAAAAAUAAUGUAAUAUACAUUUUUUUGAUAACAUGGUGUCACAGAACAGCUUUGCAUGCUUUUUUGCCUCAGGCUGAACAGGGGUUCAUAUUCUAUGUACAUGAUGGAAGUGAGACCAUGGCUGAUAAUUUUACAGUGGUGGCCAAUGACACAGAGCUCCGGAAGUACAGUUUGCCCUUUGUGGUUUAUGUCAAUGUAACACCCAUAAAUGAUGAAGCCCCAAUUGUAACUGUCAACAGGAUCCUCAAGGUGUGGGAAGGUUCUGUGACAGAGUUAACCACUGAAGACCUUAGCGCAGAGGAUCCAGAUUCUCCUCCAGAGAGCCUAGAAUUCAUCAUGACUCCACCAAGUAAUGGAUAUCUGGCCCUGAAGAGUGCCCCCUCCUGGCCAGUUCUGAACUUCACCCAGGAGCAUAUCAAUCAUGGCCAGCUAGUGUUUGUACAUAGUGGUGCCAUGUCAGGAGGAUUUCACUUCCAAGUCAAUGAUGGGGUGAACUUUGCUCCAAGGCAAAUCUUCAGUGUCACAGCCCAAUCUCUAGUCAUGAGUUUAGUGAAGAAUCAAGAGCUGAAAGUAUUCCCAGGUUCUUCAAAGUUAAUUUCUGAAGAUGAGCUGUUAGCAAUCACAAAUGACUAUGAUGACUAUGGGAAUCGCACUAUCAGCUACACUGUGACCUCCCCUCCAAGAUUUGGCCGGCUGAUAUGGAAAAAAACAGAAAAUUCCACACAAGAAAUCUCCUCAUUCACUCAAAAUAUGGUGAAAGAAGGUGCUGUGCUGUAUGCACAGACCAAACCUAUUUCAUGGGCAGCUACAGAUUCCUUCACCUUCAUUGCAUCAUGCCCCCCAGCAUCUCUUCAAGCUCAUUCCUUUAAUAUCCACAUCUCAUAUGAAAAUACUGGCCCAGAGCACAGGAGUGCACUCCUUGCAAACACAGGUGCUGUUGUCACUGAGGGUAGUAGUGUUCUCAUAGAUAAAUCAAAGCUGGAUGCCUCCAACCUUCUUGGAAAGUUAGAUGAAGCAGAGCGUAAUUUCUAUGAAGUCUGGUAUGAAAUCACCUCUCUACCCCACCACGGUACAAUUGUUGUAGGUGAAAGGAACAUGACACAUGAAAGACCAAGGUUCUCUCAGUUCAACCUCCACAAGCAUGGUAUCAUAUAUGUACAUGACGACUCUGAGACCACUCACGAUAAUUUUACUUUUGAUGUGUGGCUAAACCCUAAAGGCAAGCUUGCUCAGCGACCCCAGAAUGCAGACCAUAUGGUAUCUGAAUUAUUUAAUAUUACUGUGACCCCUGUUAAUGAUCAGCCUCCUGUGCUGAAGACCGGAUCUCCUAGGCUCAGAGUGAUCAAAGGGGACACCGUGACCUUGGACCCUGAAAACCUCUAUGUGGAGGACCAAGACACUCCACCAGAGGAUAUUCAUUAUACUGUGAUCAGCAAGCCCAAAAAUGGCUUCCUUGCUUUGGCAGGUCAGCUGAAUAAAUCUGCAAUUACCUUCACCCAAGCUGAUGUAAAUCAUGGAAGGGUGCAUUUUGUCCAAAAGGGAGAACCCUCAUCAGGAGUAAUCUAUUUCAGUAUCACUGAUGGAUUCCACAGACCACUCUACAAGCUCUUUAGUGUAGAGAUUGAGAAUAUCACCAUCAGUGUGGUCAACAAUACCGGACUGACACUGUUGCAAGGUCAGACCUCGGUGACUCUGACACUUGAGCACCUGGCUGCAGUGACGAAUGAGAGAGAUGCAUGCAUUAAGUAUUUAGUUACAGCCCCACCAAGUCACGGGAGUGUCAUGGUCAUGGAAGAACCGGUCACACACUUUGAUCAGGAGGACCUGCAAACUGGAAGAGUGUUGUAUCACAUGACUGACUUGACAUCUUCUCAGGACAGCUUUGAGUUCACUGUCUUCACAUCUGAGAGUAAGCUGACUAACCAAGUGGUAAACAUCACUGUUAGGCCCCUGAUCCACCUUGGAGAGCAUGUCAGGAUCCCAGAUGGCAUCCCAGUGAAGUUGAGAAAAGACGUCUUAGAUGCAACUGAAUUGGCCACCCUUAGUGGUAGUGACCCCAUCUUUGAGAUUCUUGAGCCUCCAAAACAUGGCAAGCUAGUCAAAGUCACAUUUGACGUUGGGGGAUCUUCUCAUUCAGUGGAGUCGUUCUCAUUCAGAGAUGUUGAACAAGGUAGAGUGGCCAUUGAAGAGAACAUCAACUUCACCGCCAUUUAUGGAAAAGCAAUGACCUCUGCAGUCCAUCCACUUAAUGACUCAUUUGUUUUCCUUUUGAAGUCAGCGAAUGUUCAGCCCGCCAUGGGGGAAUUUGUGUACUUGGUAUUACCCUAUAACCCCAUUACUGGUAAGCAUAUACUUUCAGAGCCACAUUUGUGGCCGACCAAGUUGCCAACACUCAACAGAACAACACAUGCUAUGUCACCCAUGUACCCUCCAUCUCACGUAGAUCCAACAAUGAGAUCCCACAAGACUGCCGCAAAACUGAAACCUCGAAACCGCUGGGGGAACCACACACGAGGCAGAUCCAUGAUUCCUCACGUGCCCCGUACAACUUUGGGCAAACUGGACCCCUCCCCCAAAAAUACUCUAAUACGGGUGGAGUCUUUACCAAGACCUGCAUCUGACCCUCUGCUUAUCAUCCUUCCACUUCUUGCCUGCCUCCUCUUGAUUGUCAUUCUAGUGGUCCUCAUUCUAGUCUUCCGGCACCGCAGGGAAAAGCGGGCCCAACCAGCAAUGAUGCAGGAUCUGACAGAGAACCCUGGUGAAGAUAUUUUAGCCAGAGGCCCAUAUCUGGGUCAACCUGAAAGAAGUCUCACUGUUCCCUCUGUAAUAGUAACCCCACUCAUUCCAAGUUGCCCUGGAAGUCCUGUUUUAGAGGUCGUACAUGAUGCAACUUUGGUGCCAGCAAUUGAUCGAACUGUGUCUUCAUUUCUCCCUUGCACAUGGAGUCCACUUGACCCUGAUUCUGCCCAGCAGUUUUCACCAGCAACUCCACCCCUUAAACAAAACCAGUACUGGGUUUGACACAGCUCCUUUUAUCACAUCCAGGUGUUGCUGGAAACAACAUUGUGAAAUGACACUGUGCAUGACCAUUAUUAGAAGACAACUGUUAGUAUAACAGGUGGAAGGUAGCUUCGAAGUUACUCAAAAUACUCACCCAUAGUAUUUUUGGCAUUUGGAUUUCAACCUUGUAGACUGCAGGUCUCUUCGCUUUGUCUCAUGGGAAAUAUUCAUCGUCAAACAGCUUUGUUGUUGCGAGUUCAUUUAAGUUACUCCAGUUGUUUUAGUUUUGUCCUGCCACAGCUCAGAUAUUUUUGAGGUUUUGAAAUGUCUUUUUUUUUUUAUUGCAUUUUUACUGAACCGAUUAGCCACGAUUAGUUUUUAGUACAAGAUCAGAAUAAUUUGCAGUAAGAUAAAUUUGCCACUAUACUAUGUGCAAUUUUACCUGUUGCAUGUAAAUGUUACAUUAUACAAAGUGCAGGAAGUAGGAUAUUCCAAGUACUUUUACAAGAAGUUCUAAAUGGUUUUCAAAAUCCAUGCACCUUAAUGCCUUAUGUUUAUUUACAUGGUCACAUUUGAAGUAGUCUUUUGGCAUGGCUUGUAUUAAUAGAGGGAACUGAAACUACUCAACUGUAUAUUUUAAAGAAGUGUCUAAAUUUAAAAUUUUACAUUGACCACAAAAACAUAUGCUCCCUUUAGUCAUAUUGGCACUUCAAAUGUUGCAUCCCAACAAGCAAGAUGGCAUUAACGAGGUAUAAAGCAGACACUUGUUGACAUUGAAAGUUAAAAUUGUGUUACCUUGGCAAUCCAUAAUUCCUAGUUUGCUUAAAUGAUCCAUAUGUUCCCACAUCCGUAUGUUGUUACCAGGGUCCAAAAUUAACUUUUUGCAACACCUGCCUAUGAUGGAUGAGUUGAGAAAAUGUACUUGCAUAAAUAUCCAGUCCUUACCAGUCAUGAAACCAUAUUUUAUAUUAUUUUUAUUUAAUAAUUAUUUUUGACUCUGACAGAUUAUUUAGCUGAUUUUUUUCAUGCAUGUCACAAACAUGUUAUUGCACAAGUUACUUUGCCACUCACAGCAUUAAAUAAGAGAUCUGUCUGUCAGUAUAAAAGUACCUGUUACAAAAAUGUGAAGAUACAUUAUGAUUUAAUUCUUAAAGUUUUCAUUGUGGUGGCUUAAAAUGAGGAAUAUUCUACAUAUGUUUCACCACAUGAUGUUCUGAAAAUAACUUCUAGGCAUACUAGAUAAAAUUCUCAUUGUAAAUUUUCAACUUUUCAAAAUGUCUUUGAUUUAAAUUGCUUAUGUCACAUCAGUGAAGGUCAGAGUAUCAUUCUUACAAUUCUAUUUAAACCAUGUACAAUGCUUUAUUUCCAAAUAAAUUUACUGCCCAACUGGCAAGUAAUUGUAUGGGUUUGUAUUGAUUACUCGCCAAAUCCAAUUUUUACUCACAUUUGGUGUUUGGCAAGUGUUAAAUUUGGACCAUGGUUGUCACUGUAUUCUGUAACACCUACAGAUUUACUAUGAGCUGCAGAUACUGUUUAUGAAUGUCUAUAUUUAUGUGUGAGUGAGAGAAAGUGUUUCUGAAUCAGCUAAACUAAUGUCACAAUCUAAUGGCUAAUGUUGUCAUUACAUUUAUGAAUGUAUGAUUUCAAUUAAAAUCAUUGUGUUUUGUAA